GAUGCUUUCUGCCAGCCCACUGACGGAGCUCUGACACCCACUGAUGAAUGCAUGCGUGUUGGCAAUGGUGUUUUAAUGUGAAAUAACAACGAGGAUAAAUGGAUGAGGACGGGACCUGCAGUGUAAACGCCAAAGACCUAACAUAAAGUUGCAUUUAUCCGACGUGCUGCCACAAGCUAGCACUAAAGACUGCUAGCUCCUGUUAGCCGGGUGGCUAGUGCUAGCUUGCACGUCUAUUUUUAGUGGAGCUCUUUGCCAUUAGUGGGGAAAUCCAUUGGCAAUUCGUUUUGUCAACUAAAUCCGCCAGGGUUUUGUGUUUCCUUUGAUCUCGCAGCGUUAGUUGUCUGUUCCAAAAUGUCCACUAUUUCGUUGGAUAAAGAGUUACAGGAGCGACUGAGAGAGGCGUAUGCCAUCGGGGACAUCGACGAAGUGCGGGUACUGGUGGAGAGUGGAGUGAAUGUUAACUCACAGAAUGAAAUAAAUGGCUGGACAUGUCUGCACUGGGCAUGCAAGAGGAACCAUAAGCACAUAGUGUCCUACUUACUCAGUUAUGGGGCAGACCAGGAAAUCCUCACGGCUAAAGAUGAGUUGGCCUCGCAACUUACAUCCAAACCAGAGAUCAAGCGACUUUUAGGAGUUGAAGUGGAGGAGGAGCUGGAGGUCAAGGAGUCUGAGCUGCCAAUCAUCCCAAAUUACCUGUCUAGCCCGGCCUUCAUGUUUUCAAAUCUUGACAACAAGUCAGAGAUCCUCCUGGCACAGCACCUUGCACAGAAUGGUUCAGCAGAACACACCGAGGACACGCACAGCGAUUCAUCCUCCCUUUCCCCAACUCCGGUGCUUGACCAACCCCAGUACAUGCUAUCUGAUGAGCCCAGUCCUCCACCAAUCCCCAUCAACCACAACCAAGCCCUGCCUGGGGAGUUCCUACCUGUGACUGGGGAGUUCAUACCUGUGACUGAGCAGAAUGGCAUUUCACCCAACUCGGCCUCGUCCCACAACCACACUGUAGUAAACUGCACAGUGCCCAUGGACCUGUCAGUUGAGCCGCACCUGGUUAACCAUGCAGAGUACCCACACGCAGUGGCACACAAUGGCACCAUGUGCUCUCCUCCUUUGGCCUCCCCCAGCCCCAGCCAGGCCAGCAGCAGUGGGAGCCAGGUCCAGGCCCCGGUGCCCGGCUCUAACCCCUCUAUGAGCAGACAGCAGUCCAUCUCUCAGCAGCUCAACUACAGCCAGGCCGGUGGGCCCAUGCCAGCCUUCCAGCCGUUCUUCUUCACCAGCACCUUCCCUGUCAACGUGCAAGAGCUGGUGCUGAAGGUGCGUAUCCAGAACCCCAACACUCGGGAGAACGACUUCAUCGAGGUAGAGGUGGACCGCCAGGAGCUCACCUACCGUUCUCUUCUGAGGGUCUGUUGUCGCGAGUUGGACAUCGGCAUGGAACAUGUGGAGAAGAUCCGAAAGCUGCCCAACACCAUGUUGAGAAAGGGUACGGGAAAGAAAAAUACAGACAAAGACGUGGCUCGGCUGCAGGACUUUCAGGAGCUGGAGGUUGUGUUGGAGAAAUCCGAGGGCUUGUCUCUGUUCGCUGGUGGGAGCCUGACAGACCGGCCCUGCUACAACAUGAAGGCCUCCCCGCCUCACCUACUAGAGCCACACAAAGCUAACGCUGGGCUUCUGUAG